AUGGAUGCAGGUGUGUGGUUCACUUUGUUAGGUCUGCUGCUAGCUAUGGCUAGUAUGGGCCACUCAAUCCAAGGGGAAGGUUUGCUGGAACUUAGUCAACAGCCGCCAAGCGACAGCGAGGAGAACAUGGUUGAGAGACUAGGGACAUCGGAAACUGAAGAUCCAACUGCUCAUGUUCUGGAGGGGCGUCUGUUGGUAGCCAUGCUUCGUUCACUUCUUCAGGACUCUGAGAGAAACGCUCGCAGCCCCUCUGUCCUCCACCACCCUCAGAGGUUUGGUCGCGGUACUCGCGGAGGAACGGCGGGAGAAGAGAGGAUACAGUCUCGUGACUGGGAAACGGUUCCCGGACAGAUCUGGAGCAUGGCCGUGCCACAAAGAUUCGGCAAAAAGUAG